AUGUUCUUUGAACUUCGUGAAUACAGAACGCUUCCCGGCCAGCGCGAAAACUGGGUCAGGUUCAUGGAAGAGGAGAUCAUUCCCUUUCAGGUCUCCAAGGGUAUGGUGAUUCUCGGCAGCUUCGUGGGGGAGGAAGAAGACGACCUGUACAUCUGGGUGCGUCGCUUCAGCAGCGAGGAGGACCGGGAAGCGCUCUAUGAGGCUGUUUACCAGAGCGACCGCUGGGUCAACGAGAUCGGCCCGAAGGUCCCAGAGAUGCUCGACCGCGACAAGAUAGUCGUUCGCCGAAUUGAGGCCACCCCCCACUCCGUCAUACAGUAG